GGGAAUGGGCUGCACUUGCGCCGCUGCCAAGUGUGGAUUUUGUGUUUCAAAACGUUUAAAAGCUACACACGCGUUAUCUUUAUCGCGUGAAAUAAGGCCUGAGAUAUAAAGGGCACGACGGACUCCUCUCUCUGGCGCUGCCUUUUGUUUGGCUGCAUAAUCAAUGGUCCACGAAAAGGCUCGCGUUCUUCGUGGUUUCCCACGGAUGGAAAUAGCGUCGAAAGGAACCAGGAAGCGCCCUCUCAGCCAUCGUGAGUUAUCACUCUGAUUUCUAGGUAAGCGUAUAGGGUGGGACAGCUGAAAGUCUAUAGCGUCGACUGCAUAUCCACAGAAGGAUAUCGGGCGGGCUGUUAGGAGAAGUCCCAGAUUUCAUUGAAUAGCUCCCCUGUCAAUAUCAUCGAGGAGGUGCCUAUUGGUCGAAAUGGACGUACAUCCCAAUUCUGAGAAAAAGCACGCCAUGUCUAUUGGCUCCCUCUCCGAGCUGUCAAGUGGCGUUCCGCGGGGUCUCUCUUUUCCUAUUGGCUACGCCCUUCGCACGGGGCGGAACGUUCCUUUCAGUGCAGGACCAGGCUGCUGCGGGAGGAAGGCGCAGCCGUUGGGAGCCCCGAAGAAAGGAGACACGGAGAAAGUGAGGAGCUCUCAUUUCUCCCCUUUAGGGGCACUCUGGCCACCAUGGAGGACGGCAUCUAUGGUAGGGACCCCUGAGACCCGGCCACGGGGAAGCUUAAAGAAGGGCGAGGCAGGCGGAAGGGAGCAUUGUGAGACCGUCCAGUAACUACAAUGGGAAAAGCGGGUAGGCGGGCCGAGCCAUUCUGAGCGAGAAGACUAGGGGGCGGGGCCGAUCCCUUACAAAGAGGGGUGGGGCUGGGCUGAACCAUACCAGUGACAGGGGGGAUGUGCGAGUGGGCCAUCUCAUUUUAUUUAAGGAGCAGACAUGAAAAUUGUAUAGAUCUGGUGACGUGAGCCAUACCCGAUGUACACCAUUCGAUUGUCAGGGCGGAGGUUUUUUUUAAGGCUGUACCAUUCUAGCGGUGUGGGGGGGAAUUGGGAUGUACCAUUGCUGUGAGCAGCUGGGAGUACCUAUUACAAUGAAAGGAGGGGGCGUGUGGGUCGUACCACUUGGCUGAGUGGGGGGGUGGCGUUAACCGGCAGAGCCAUUUCAGUUGGCGGAGGAGGGAAGACUAAAAAAAUAAAGUUACAAUAAUUUAAAUAAUGGUCUGUACCAUUUCUCUCUUGGGGAGGAGGGGUGUCUGUGUCCCGGGGCUAAGCAUUCUGCGGGGGUGGAGGAAUAUUUGGAAAAUGAGUCAGAGAGGAUCUUAUCUCUGGGCUGCCUUUUAUUUGCAGUGCACAGGAAGGUCAAGCAUCAUUAUUACUAAGAACAACAGAUUGAUUCUUUAUUUUAUUUCAUUUUUUUGAAGUUGCUUUGUGAGCUCAGUGCUGGAUGAAAGCUCAAUGUGAGAACAAUUAAUUAAUUAUUAGUGCCGCCGAUUAAUUGCGCUCAGGAGUUUAUGUAAGUGCUUCAGAACUUGUGUCACCUCAGGUUCCCCUGCAGUGCAUUUCUUCCCUCACCCCCAGCAGCUCAUGAGAGAUAAGGAACAUAUCCUUUUCAUUAAAAUGAAUUUAAUUUAAAAUUCGAGGCACAGUUUGCAAACACAGAGGAAAAGGGGGGGGGGGGAGCUUAGUUUUACUGCAUUUAAGAAUAAGAACAACCCAAUCUCAAAAGGCUGUCUGUGGCAUACACACGGCUAUUCUGCAAGAGCUGCUGUGCCAAGUGUAGCUCCCUUGCUCUGAAGGUCCUCACCAAGGCCACAUCCCCACCACACAUUUAGAGCGCUAUGAUGCCACUUUAAACAAUCAUGGCCUCCUGCAAGGAAUCUUGGGAAGUGUAGUUUGCUGAGGGUGCUGGGAGUUGUUAGGAAAUCUCCCAUAAUCCCCUCACAAAGCAACAGUUCCCAGCAACUCAUUCCCUCUUCACAGGGAACUCUGGUCAUUGUCACUCAGCGAGGGGAAUAUGGAGAUCUCUGGACAACUCUCAGCAACCCUUAACAAACUACACUUCCCAGGGUUGUUUGUGGAAAGCCGUAGCUGUUUAAAGUAGCAUCACGUUGCUUUACAUGUGUGGGGUGAAUGUGACCCAAGUUAAGUGAGACUACUCAGGAGAGCCCAUCUCCCUGGUGAUGGCGCCCUGGUUGUGGGGUAGCCUCUACAGAGAAGCCCGCCUGACACCUUCCUUAUGGCUUCUUCAGAACUAGAUGAGGGACUUUUUAUCCUCCCAGACUUUUUAAACCUGCGGUCUUGCUUUAUCCCACUGCUUUCACGGUGUGUCGUACCUCAGCUUUGCUUUUAGGUCUUUCUCUGCUGGAAAGGUUUACGCUGCAGCUGUUUUUUAUGAUAGUUUCAUUUUUAUAUUUGUGAGAUACCCAGAGAACUACGUUAUUGGGCAGCCAAAAUAAAUAAGUAAAUGUUUCAAAGGAAGCCAUCUUGGAGGAAGCAGCUCAUGCAAAGCUUAUUUAUUUAUUUAAUGUCCUAUCUUCCCGGCAAAGGGCUUGAGGGAGCCUACCUAGUUCUCUUUCACAUGCACCUAUUUUCACCUUUGUAGGUAGGUUAGGCUGAGAGAUAGUAAGUGGCCCAAAGUCACCCAGGGAGUGACCUAGAUCUCUUAGUCCUAGUGUGGCGUGUUAACCGCAACACCAUGCUGUCUCAUCUGAGGACAGGUAAUUUUGCCACAUCUGGGUAUUGGGAGUGUUUGGAUGAUCCAGUCACACCUAAGUCCGAGACCGGGAAGAGUUACUAACUUCUUUCCCUGAUUACCCCCAGAGGCUGAUUAGGAAGGAGACAGGCCCAGAGGGGUGAAUCAUGCACUGGCCAGCCCCUUUUGUGGUUUGAUACUUUAGACCUACAGGCAGCAACAGGCCUUGCAACUAUCUUGUGUGCAACUAUCUAUCCUCAUAUUGAAGACUGGAGGCUGAGGGAGAUUCACAAGUCUAUCUCUUGAUUGCUACACCACAUUAUAAAACUGGAAGCACCAUCACCCUCCACAUCCAGAUGUUUGCGGCCACCAACUCAGAUCACAGUUCGCUCCUCAGUCCUCACUGAAUGGGGAUCAUUAGUAAUGUGAUGGGGGUGGUAAUAAGUUAAUUGAAUGUGUGUUCUCUAGUGUACAAGCUUUGUCCGAUACAGAGAAAACUCUUUGAGGUUUAGGAUUAUUAAAUCCAUACAUCUCUUCCUACUGAAGUAAUCCCAAAGAAUUUUACAGCCAAAGUAAAAAAUACAAUGAUAAAAUUGCAUCAACGUUAUUUUAAAAAGAUGUAACAGUAAAAUAUAUUGUUGGUGCUGUCCGCUGCCUGGUGCUGAAACAACACAUUUGCCUGGUGCUGAAACAAUAACAAGGUUGGCUCCAGGCAGGUCUCCCUGGGGGGAGCAUUUCAUAAAUGGGGGACUGCUGCAGAAAAGGCCCAUUUUCUUGUCACCAUACUAUAAAUAUCCCCUGGAAGUGGCAUGCAAAGAAGGGUCUGGGCAGGUUCAAAUGGGGAAAAGCCAUCCUUUGGACUGAGAAUCCUAUCUGGAAGGCUGCAGUCCUGUCUAGAAGUUAACUUACCAGUGAACUCACUGGCACUUCCGAGUAAGAUUUAUUUAUGUGCUGCUUAUAUGUCAAAGGGGUUUCUGUAGGAUUGUACAGUAGACAUAGAAAUGGAAAUCCCACCUGCUUCAGCUUUUCCCAUUCACUCUGCUUCAGGGGCAGUUCUUCCUUCUUCACUAAUCCCAUGAACCAUCUAAAGUAUUAGUUACCCCUAACCUGCCACAUGGAACCCCCUUUCUAUGCCUUUUCUAUUUCUUUACCAUACUUAAUCUGCCUCCGACCCUAUACAGGCAUUCUGAUCCCUCCCACAAUGAGGGAUAUCGGGGGGGGGAGGGAAUACACUGGCUGUGCACCCCAUCGCCCUCUGCAAGUUGGAGAGAGCAGUGGGGAACCUUUCUCAACUAGCAUAGGCUCCCUGCUUGAUUUAUAACACUGGUCUUCCAAGCUGACUCUGUGCCCAUUGUAUCCUCCGACUUGGUGCCCACCUCCAUGCUGCAGCUUCCAUUGCCACCAGCAGGGUGUGUGAUCAAAAUGGCUAGAAUAUUACACUUCUUCCCAUCUUCUCUCCCCCUGCCCCAGUGCCUCCAGACCUGACGCCGGAGGAGAGGCUAGAGUUGGACAACAUCCGCCGGCGGAAGCAGGAGCUCCUGGUGGAAAUCCAGCGGCUGCGAGAUGAGCUCAGCGAAGCCAUGAAUGAGGUGGAGGGGCUGGAAGCCAACGAGGGAAGGUGAGGGAUUCCCUUCUUUUGCAGGUGGCAGCUUGCUGGUAGAGCAUCUCACUUUGGUGCUAAAGGUCCCUUGCCCCCAGUGUCUCCAGAUAGGGCUGGGAAAGACUCGCUGCCUGAAGCCCUGGAGAGCUGCUGCCAGUCAGUGUGGCCAGUACUGAGCAAGAGGGAUCAAUGGUCUGGCUGUAUGAAGCAGGCUCCUGUGUACUUGGACAUGGCCCUGCCUUGGCCACUGGUCAGGGAUUCCUUAACAAUAUGUGUGGGGAACCUGUGGCACUCCAGAUCCUGCAGGACUAAAACUUGCAUCAACCCUGACCAUCGGCAACACUGACUGAAGCUGAUGGGAGUUGGAGUGCGAUAACAUCUGGAGGGCUGCAGUACAGAGUGUGGCCGCUUCCAGAAUGUUGUUUAUAUCCUGGUGCCAGGACAAGCCUUUCUGGCAGCAACUAACCUCAUUCCUGCAGCAUCUGCAUUCAAGCUCAGAAUGUGCUAAUCCCAAUACUUCCUUGCCUGCCAUUCUUUGAUUGCCUGGGAUUUUCUUGCAACAUUUAAUCCAUUAAUCAGUUAGAUUACUUCAUGUUGGGGAAAACAAACUGUCAGCUGACCAAAAUGAUGUCCCUUAGGAAUCAGGCAGCAUAUAUUUAAGUGUGUGUGAAUACAAGAGGUUUUAAAAAACUGCAGAUGGCAAGCAACCAUCUUAAAAGAAAGCUUUCCUCCGCUCACACGUACAUCUUUGCCUCAGAAAUAAUUGUUUCCCCCCAUAUGCAAAUGUGAUUAAAAGCUUAGUCAAUUAAUCAGCCAAAACUCAGGUGAUUAAUGGAUUAAAAUGACUCUGAUUAGGUUGCAGCCCUAAUUGAAACCAGGAGUGGAGAAGCCUCCAGGUGUGCAGAAAUACAUUUACUGAGCUCCACAAACAUAAAUGUAUCUUUAUAUUAUAUUGAAAAGGGGUUCUUAUUCGUUCAAACACUAGCUUCAAUAAAUACUUGUUUGUGUAGGAGGUUUCUUCUCUUCUUUUCCAACAGCUGCUAGAGACCAUGUUAAACUAUCAGAGAAAUAUCCCAGAAAACCUUGGGCUACAGUGCCCUUUCUAUGCAAGGUACAUGAUGGGGGAAAUGUAGCUCCUUGUAGAGCGUCCCAUAGAACCUCAUGCUGACCAUGCUGUGAACACAUCCUGAUUCCUCCCGUGUCAAUGCCAGCCUCAAGUUAGAACUUCCCUUCCCUGCUUAAUGAGUAACAGAGGAUAAGCAAAUGAGUUCUCUGGUUCCAUUUUGCCGUUUACAAGUGCUUGUGAACUUCGCCGCUUUUACAAGGGCUUGUGAACUGCCAGGCAGGCAGUGUUGGAAACCAGGCACUGGCCAUAAUGGAUCUUUGGUUGGCUGUGGCACAAGGCUGUUCCUACCACCUUAUUUCAUUUUUCGAGAGAUGGUUCAGUGUCUGCUAGUGUGCCUGUCAUGGUAAAGAGUGUCACCUCUGAUAAUCCAUCAUUCAGAGCCAGGUUGGACGCUUAGGGGUCUGGCAGUACAGUGGUACCUCGCAAGACGAAUGCCUCGCAAGACAAAAAACUCGCUAGACGAAAGGGUUUUUUGUUUUUUGAGCUGCUUCGCAAGACGAUAUUGCCUAUGGGCUUGCUUUGCAAGACGGAACGUCUUGCAAGUUUGUUUCCUUUUUCUUAACACCGUUAAUACAGUUGCGACUUGACUUCAAGGAGCAACUCAUAGAACGCGGUGUGGUAGCCUUUUUUGAGGUUUUUAAAGACUUUGGUGAUUUUUGAAGCUUUUCCAAAACUUUCCCGACACCGUGCUUCGCAAGACGAAAAAAAUCGCAAGACGACAAAACUCACGGAACAAAUUAAUUUCGUCUUGCGAGGCACCACUGUACCAUUUUUUGGAGCGCAGGUGGGAAGUAGCAUGUACAUUUCCCCAGAGUUUCCAUUUGCUUCUAAAGGUUUGCAGCCCCUUUGUUCUUUCAAGGGCCAAAGGACUGAUGGGUGCACUUCUUUGUCUUGUACAGUAAAACGCUUCAGAGAAACCGGAAGAUGGGGAUGGGCCGCAAGAAAUUCAACAUGGAUCCCAAAAAAGUAGGUGGCUGGGGUGUGGGUGUGUGCAUGCAGUGACUGUUUCUGGUAUCAAAUAUAUGCAGCACCUUCAGCCAUCCACCUGGAACAGAUGGAACACAGUUCCCCUCCCCCCCCCAAGCUGUGGUAAUAGUUAUUGUUCUCAUGCAGCAGUUGGAUUCUGACAUUGAUCAGGCAUUACAGUUGCAUAGAGUCGCCUCAGGAAAUGACAAGUCAUAAAUGGCAUGUGAUUGGCAGGUGGGUGGGGGCUAAUCUCUCAGGAACUGCAUGAUAAGUGAGGGCAGGGCUAGAGUCACAAGUGGGAUGGAAUCCCUUCUGCCACUACCUCCACUAUCUUUCUGCCACCGUCUCCCUUUCUUUCCCCCUCUCCUGGCCUUUCCUCCCUCCUCAGUGGAUUGACAGGAAAUGGACACUUGACAGAGGUCAGAACUGACUGCUUUUGAAAUUAGGCCAAGGGGUGCUUGCUGAACUACAGCUCCCAUCAUCCCUGGCCAUUGGCCAUGCUUGCAGGGACUGAUGGGAGUUGGAGUCCAACAGCAUCUGGAAGGCCAACUGUUCCCACCCCUGUGAAAAGGUAACGGAAACUUAUUUUCUUUUUGCUGGACGGGAGAAUCGUGAAUCCUGAGUUCUCUGCAAUUGCCUCAGAAUUGCAAUUUAGUGGGUUAGGGAGCCAGUCCUCCCAAGUAUUCUCUGGGAAGUAUCUCUAUGACUUAAAUGUUUUGUUAGAUUAGGGGCAUGCUUGAGCUCUAGGUCCUACAGUUCUCAGCUUCUCUGUUUUGUUUUUUUGCAGGGAAUCCAGUUCCUGGUGGAAAAUGAACUGUUGCGCUCCACCCCCGAGGACAUUGCCCGCUUCCUCUACAAAGGGGAAGGACUCAACAAGACGGCCAUUGGCGACUACCUGGGCGAGCGGUGAGAAGGGUCGGGGAAUGUGGGAGGAAUAGCCUCAAAGAAGUGACCAUUUAUAACCCACCGUGGUGGUGGAGCUUUGGAGUCUCCAGGACCUGGGAAAGGAUCAUAGGGAUGGGGUGAGAAGUAGCUUUGCCUAGCAGAGGGAGUGUAGUCAGCAGGAGAGAAACAAGGGUGUGGGCCUAGCUGACUGAGGGGGUUCAAAGGGGAGGUCUUAACUGUAGCUCUCUCCACCUUUUAUUCAGGGAGGAGUUUAAUAUCGCAGUACUCCACGCCUUUGUCGAUUUGCAUGAAUUUACUGACCUCAACCUUGUGCAGGCGCUCAGGUGAGUCUGGGAAUCCUCAGCCCUCCUCUAGAGUUGAGAGCCCUGGCCUGCUGGAAUAGGUCUCUCAGCCUUUUAGCUGCAGGUUCUCGCCUUCUCUCUUCCUGUGCUGGGUGGGAGGGGAGGCGGGAAUGGCACCGGCAAAGUGGCGUUUUCCUCAGCCAGAGAUGAGCACUCUUGGCUCUUUUCCUCUGCUUCAAAAAUACAUCCCAGUCUUGAAGUGUAACGGUUGCCUUCCCACAGACACACCACGUGGCCACAAGCAAAGAAGACAAGGUGGGGCCCUUGUAUGCUCAGGCUUUGUACACACCAUACAUUUAAAGCACAUGACUUCCUUCAAGAAUUCUUGGGGACUGUAGCUUACCCCUCACAGAGCUAUGAUUCCAGGCACCCUUAACAAACUACAGUUCCCAGCAUUCCUUGAGGGAGAGAGAGAAACCUCCUGUGCAGUCACGUGUCCCUCCCGUUCUCCUUGAGCACAGCUUUUUUAUUCCCAGUACACAGAAUUCUGUCAGCUGCAUGUGCAUAGUUCUUGUGUAAAUGUGAUUAUAUCGGGAACCUUCAUUGGAAAGCUGCUUCACCACAGGAAAGCAGCAAAUGAAAGGCACCAUAAGGAGGCUUUCAGGCAUUUCUUUUCAACAAUGUUUCCCUCCACACACAAAAGAAAAUCAGAGUAAUCGAGCUAGAAAGGGGCUAGAACAGGGGUGUCAAACUCAAAUUCAUCGGGGGCCGCAUCAGCAGUUUGGUCACCCUCAAAGGGCCAGUUGUAUCUGUAGGACUAUGUGUCCACUCUUUAUUAUCAUAAAUUAUUGUCACUGCAUUCAAUUAUUACUGUUUUUUCAUAUGUACUUACAGUACAGGAGAGAAGGGUUCAGGCAGCCGUUGGAUCUGUCACAUCACAGGAUGGCAUGCGCUCAAUAUAAAAACAAGUGGAGGUUUCCUGAAUGCAUGUAAAGUGGAAGUUUCCUGUGUAGAACGGCCGGCGCUGCUAGAGGGCAGACAUUCUCUGGCUUGUAGGCUGCCGCGCAUGCACUGAAGAGGCGGCUUUCUUGUGUAAAAAAAAAAAAAAGGCGAGAAUAAAAGGUGAAGGCUGGCGGCCGGCGGCGGCUACACGGGCCACAUGACGAGGUCUGGCGGGCCGGAUUCUGCCCGCGGGCCUUGUGUUUGACACCCGUGGGCUAGAAAGUCGUCAGUUACAACACUGUCCUGGAGGUCCGUUCUGUUAUAUUUGCAUUAACUUGCAUGACCAAAAUUACAAAAUAUUACAUACAGAGAAUAAGUGUUUACGGAGUAGGCAUAAAAGCAUAGAACUGUAGAGUUGGAAGGGUCGUCUAGUCCGACCUCCUGCAAUGCAGGAAUCUUUUUUGCCCGACAUGGGGCUCAAACCCACAACCUUGAAAUCAUUCUUUUCUCUGUUCAUGGUCUUCCCUCUAAACCCAAUCUAGGCAAUUCCUGUGGAGUUUCCGACUGCCAGGAGAAGCCCAGAAAAUUGACCGUAUGAUGGAGGCCUUUGCCCAGCGGUAUUGCCUGUGCAACCCGGGAGUCUUUCAGUCCACAGGUACUGGGUUCUCCGGAAAAGGGAAUGCAACUCUUAUCUGGUGCUAGGAAUUGUGGGGCUCCUGUGUUCUCCGGGAUGGAAAAUAAAUUCAGUUAUGCCGAUCACAUUCAGGCAAUCCUAUCUUGGCUUAAUAAGACAAGAGAGGAACGAGCCUCCUUCACCUACCUGCCUGCUGCUGCUUUGCUCCUCUCUUUGCAAAAGCUGGGAAACAAACCAAAGCCAAACAAAUCCAAACAAAGGAAACUCUGGCUGAGGGCGGAAGUAGAACCAUCCGCAAUUGCACUGCCUCCUCUGUAUUUUGUAGGAUCAGCACAGAAAUCAGUCAGAAAACUGUUAGAGCUGCAGAGCAAUCAGCUUUAAUUGACACCACUCACAAAUAUUUCAUAGAAUUAAAGCUUUUAUUACUGCAAAGUCAGAGAGUCUUGGCAGACGACUUAAAAGAUUUUUCUGCCUGUGGUAGCAAUUGUAACGAGAUGUUCUAGAUGCUGCGCAGUUUUUAAUUCUUAUUGCUUCAUUUAUUUCGUAUUGUAUUUUAUCAUCUUCUAUUUUGCUCAGAUUGUUGAAAAGCGGUAUACAAGAAAUGAAGGAAGCCACAAACAUACAAUUAAAAAUCAGUACAAAUAGUUGUUUGUGCUGUUUUAUUUAUCUAUACAGUGGUACCUCGGGUUACAUACGCUUCAGGUUACAUACGCUUCAGGUUACACACUCCUCUAACCCAGAAAUAGUGCUUCAGGUUAAGAACUUUGCUUCAGGAUGAGAACAGAAAUUGUGCUCCGGCAGCGUGGCAGCAGCAGGAGGCCCCAUUAGCUAAAGUGGUGCUUCAGGUUAAGAACAGUUUCAAGUUAAGAACAGACCUACGGAACGAAUUAAGCACUUAACCCGAGGUGCCACUGUAUAUUUUGCCGCUUCAACCUAAAUGAGCAGGGCCCUGGUGGGGGAACAAGGCAGCCUGGCUGCUAGCCCCCCCCCAAAGCAGAAUUAGCUGCACAACAUGGACGUGCCGAGGCAGGUACUGAGUUCUUUUCCUCUGUUCCUUCCCCUCCCUGCCGCAGAUACCUGCUACGUCCUCUCCUUCGCAGUGAUCAUGCUCAACACCAGCCUCCACAAUCCCAACGUCCGCGACAAGCCCACCGUCGAGAGGUUCAUCACCAUGAACCGCGGCAUCAACGACGGAGGGGACCUGCCUGAGGAGCUGCUGCGGGUGAGAGGCCUGCCGGAGGGGAAGGGGAGGCCUGAAGGGGGGGUUUCAAUGGGCCUGCUGCUUUGUUCUUUGGGCGUUUUUCUGGGAGAGGGGGAGGCCAUCGUAGUCGUCUUCACCACUCAGGAAUCCUCCGCCGGCUCGUGAGACGCUUUGACCUCCUUGAUUUCAAAAAAAAUGCCCUUCGUCGUGAGCACUUUUUCUACCUGGUGUUUUGUCUUCUCUGCUGUAUCUUUGGUGGCCUCAGUGCUGUGCUGAAAACACACAAACACACACCCCUUUUCUCUCUGCCUUGGGAAGGGCUGUAUCCUGCCUGUAACUCCUCCCCUUCCUCCCCAUCCCCCCAGAAUCUGUACGACAGCAUCCGCAACGAGCCCUUCAAGAUCCCUGAGGACGAUGGGAACGACCUGACCCACACGUUCUUUAACCCUGACCGCGAGGGCUGGCUCCUCAAGCUGGGUGAGAGGUGGCCCCCACCCCCACACUUCCCUUUAAAUACUGUGGUCUCUUUCCUCCCCCCUUCCGUUCCCCGCUGCCCUUCCCCUUGCCCUCCCCCUACCACCACCGCUACCCGCUCCCCCCGCGAUCUUUGCACGUCUCUGCGCUCUCCUCUCUUCCCCCCCACCCGCCUGUUGUGUCAUUUAAAGCAUGACCUCUCUCUUCAUCAGAUCAAAGGGAUCCUCCUGAAAUCCACCCCAAUAGCCCUUCCCCCACCCACCAGCAAAUACAUCAUGACCCAUUUGGACCCACUUCUCAUCGGAUUGCAAGGAUCGGGCAGAAACCGGGAUCCUCCCUCCUCUUCCCUUCCCCCUCCCCAGCUCCUCAUUGAGGUGGAUCUCCUCUGAAGGAUGAUGAGAGGGGUCUGCUGGGAUUUCGGAAUCCCUCUAAAAGUAGGAGAAGUCAGCUACUGAAAUUUCUCUUAAAGCUCCUCUCUGGCGUCUUAAUAUUUCGCCAGUGGCUGCAGAUAAGUUUUCAAGCCAACCUGAAGUGCUUGAAAGUGGCCUUCUUAAACUAACAAAAAAACCACCACCACUAUGGGAUCUACAGAAUGCUGAAGCCUAAAACUGGUCCCAUAUUCAGUGUCUGAUGUUCAUCUGCUCCUUAAUCAUAAUAAGUUCCCAGAAUCGAGUCAGGGGUUACUAGUGAAAUUCCCACCGGAAUAACUUCUGCCAGAAAACAAUCACAUCUCUGUAGUCCCAAGACACAUUGUUUGCUGGAUCUGUUGCCUCGGGCAGCUUCCCAAGUCCUGAGCUGUAUGUGGUUGAGGUGCUCCCAAACGGUGAUGCCAUUGCAGAGCUUGAAUUGUAGAACAUGGAUGUCGCUGUCCAAGCAGCCCUGUAAUAGAUGUGCUGCCACAAAUGGGCAAGGAUUUUGUUUCAGAGCAGCAGAUGGGUCAGAAAUGGGGUUCUUUAUCUAAGGGGAUGAAAGGAACUUACACCGUAUCCUCACACCAAAAACAAGUAACUCAGAUGGAAGACUCCAAGGCCAGGGCCUUAUACGGCUCGGUGAGGCUGCAGUUGGUCCUUGAGAUGAUUUAAGUGUCCAGAAUAGGCUGCUACUGCUGUCCAGAAGCAUAAUGUGGCAUCUUUGCGGUGGCAAGGCAUAGGAGGUGAGUUAUUGGGUCCUGACUUGUGGGAGCCCCUAUUCAAGACCUCCAUCCGCUGUCCUCCGCAGGGGGGUUGGCGUGAGGGUGGCCGUGCUUGACCCUGCUCUUCUAAACUUAGAGCAGCUUCAGUGAGGGCAGACCUUCCACCUCAGCCACCUCCUGUUCAGAGUAGAGGGCUACAUGGAAGCCAAGUUUCAUUACCACCACAUCCUCCUUUCUGCCCUUGAUGGGGGUGGGGGUGUCACCAGUAUAAUACGGUUGCCCAUUGGCUGCCCUUGGCUUAGAGGCCAGCCAAUCAAGAGCAAAGAGGAGAAGUGUUAGGAGGCUGAAUCAGCACGGCUUCAAGAUGGAGGCAUCUGAAGAAAGCAGUGUUAUUUUUUGGAACCCCCUAGCUCCCCACACAAAAGUGGGCAGCAUAAUGUACACACCUUUUUUAAAAAAAAAAAAAGGAGGAGGAAGUGGACUCGGAACCUCGAUCCCUGGCCUGGUUAAGAUGUCAAGAUCCACCACAGCUUUUCCACAGCUCCCUGCGGAGGCUGAUGUUUUGGAAAACCAUUCCUACAAUCGCUAAUGCCAACCUCAUCUACACUUUUAGCAGUAGGGUUUCUUGUGACGUGCCAGAGUUUAGGGGUCUACGUUAUUUAGCCAAGUGACGCCCAUGACCUUACGUCCACCCCAAUAAAAUUUUAAACCCUUCCUCCCUGUGCCUGCCCCUCCCACCCCACUCCUGAUGCCCCCCAAAUGCCUGUGUCUGUGUCGGAGGAUUUUUGAUUUGACCAUGUACUUCUACCUUAUGUUGAUGUAACUUGUUCUCCUUUCUCUCUUUCUCUCUCCUUCUCUUCCUCUCUCUCUCUUGCUCUCUCUCUCUCUUUCUCACCCCCAUUCUCUCUAUCCUGACUCCCCGGUCCCCACCUCUCUUUCUCCCCUCUUUCCCCACCACUGCUGCCCUGACCCCCCUCUCUCCUCCACCGUCCCACGGCGCGGACUACAUUUGUUCCACUGUCUGAAUUCUGCCCCCCAACCCAGGAGGUAGGUGAGAAGAGGGGGGCAUGUGUGCUUUGCCGCCGAGAGCUGGUUUGGUCUCUUUGGAGGGGAGGCGGGGGGCGGGGUUGGAAAUGAAUUGUGCUGGGUGCUCAGGGACAGAUUCAGUGGGCUAGGAAUGGAAGACUAAAUAUGGAACUUGGGUUCCUUUGUUGACUGGAAGGGGUACACAUCUUCAUGCAUUCAUCUUCAGCCAGUCGAUCAGGAGGACCCACAAAUGGGUCACACCAUGACCUAUAGUGGGUUUCAGUAGUAGCAUCCUGACAGAGAGAAAAUCAGAGAGAGGGUGACCAGAUGCAGCAGAGGACAGGUAUACCAUAACCUUUUAAUACGGUGUUUCUCAAACUUGGGUCCCCGGCUGUUGAUGGACUACAACGCCCAUCAUCCCUGGCUACUGGUCCUGCUAGCUGGGGAUGGUGGAAGUUGUAGUCCAACAACAGCCGGGGACUUUAGUUUGAGAAACACCGUUAGCUGAGGAUCUUAGGUAAUAAAUUGGAAAUAAAGCUGCCAAUAUCAUAAAGCCUUCAUAUAAAUCUGUGCUUCCACUGUCCUUGGAAGGCUGACUGUAAUUCAAGUCACUGCACCUCAGAAAGUAUAUUAUGGUGCUGAGAAAGGGCAGCUCUAAUUUUCAAGAACUAUUGUGCUAAUGUCCUACCUGUGGAAACAGAAUGCUGGGCUAUCCCAAAGACCCCGCUAGCCCAACAGCCUGGCCUGAUAACAGCAGAACUCUUGUUAUGUACUUACUUGUUAAAGAAGAUGAUUGUGUGCAACCUGCAAGCACAGAAACAAAACACCCACAGCAAGAGCAGGAGAGGGCUGUGGCUUUCAAGCCCUGCUCAAGGGCUCCCCAGAGGCAUCUGAUUGGCCAUGGUGGAAAAGCAGGAUGCGGGGUCCCUAAGAGGGAAGGAAUAUCUGCAGCCCAUAGCCUAACCCAUGAAGGCAUGGGGAAAAGCAAGGGAAACAGAGAAAUUUCGCACACACACAGUUUUUCAGAAACAAAUAGGGGUGGGGAAAUGGAAGGACAAAUUUUCCAGGCCUUCACAUCCCUAGCUGAAAUACCCUCUUCGUAACUGUUAAAAGCAGAGGAGCCCUCCCCACUCUUGCAUCUGGUCACCCUAGAGAGAAGCAGGAAAGUGGGAGGUGUUUAUUAAAAAGAAAAGGAAGAAAACAACAGAGAGUGGGUCCCAUGUUAACAGGGGUCCUGAAUCUGAAAGACAGAGGACUACUAUCUUAAUGGGUAAGGUGAGAGGAGCAGAAUGAAGGGAAGUGUGUGUUUGUUUUAGAUCAAAAUGGGGAGCUUAAAGGGGGGGGUCCAGGAUGAACUGAAUUUUUCCAAAAUCAGUGUCCCCCAAGGGCUGAAACAUUUGCCCACUGGCAUAUAUGAGACACCUCCAGCUAGACGUGCAGACAUGCAAGCGUAUUCACCUUGCCUGAAGCCAGGAAUGUCUGUUGGCUUUGUGGAAGCAUCUGGGAGUAAGAAUUUGGGGAUAAGUCUGAGCUUUGUAGAAGUAGUUGGCCUUCAAGCCUGUAGCAACCGCUUGCCUUGCAUGCUGAAACUGGUGGCGGUUCCCUGGAGGUCCAUAUCAUCAGGAGUCCUUUUACUGAAUAUGUGAAGUGGUGUUUAUUCAGGAAAACCCAGUUCACCAGCAAAAUCUUCCUCCCAUAGAGCUUGAAAACACAUUGGAAGCAUCCUAAGCUGGCAAGUCCUCUUCCGGAAGAACCUUGCCUAGAGGCAAAAAUGCCUUUUUCAAAUUGCAGCUCUGUUUUCUUUUUGGCGGGGGUGGGAGGGGUCACCACAAGGCUAGUCCUGCCCCCCCCCCAGUUGCAAAACAGCAGGACAUAACUUGCUGGGAGGCUGCCUUAGAGGAUGCUGAAUGAGGCACAAGCCCUCCACUGGUCAUUUUCAUCUCAAAGUAGCCAGUGCUUGCAAAGCAAAAGCCACACAAGAACGAAAGAGAAAAUAUAUCCCACAGACUCCUAUUCUACAGGAACUUCCUCCCACACUUGCAGUUGUGCUUUGUGGUUACUUUGAGUGUUUGCUGCCAAUUUCCUUCUUCCCACCCUGGGGUGCCAUUUUCAGAUUCCCCUUUGUCGUUUGCCUCCCCUCGUCAGCUUUUUGUUUGUUUAUUUUGUUUCCUUUUCUUUUCACACUUCUGCUGAAUCUUUUUCGUUGCGUCGGCUCUGUCCGUAAGCAUGGCUUCCCGCCCCCGAGGCUCCACGGGUGGGGAAGGGUUAAGUGGCGGAAAGAAAAUGCAUCAAUGCGAGCACAAAUCCCUCCCCCCUCCCUCCUCUUUUGCUUUCAGGAGGGCGAGUGAAGACGUGGAAGAGACGCUGGUUCAUCUUGACUGACAACUGCCUCUAUUACUUUGAAUACACAACAGUUAGUACGGUUUCUCUCCCCGCCUGCUCCCAUCCCAUGCUCCCACCCUUAACCAGCAACCUGGCACCCAAGAGCCCCAGCCCAGGGCAGUAUCUGCCGCCCAAGAGUGCCAAACGGCCAGGGUCGGGAGGAACAGAGACCGAGGAGGGCAAUGGAGGAAGCUGCCUUAUACUGAAUCAGACCUUGUGGUCCACCUAGUUCACUGUUGUCUACAGUGAUUGGCAGGGGCUCUCCGGGGUCUCAGAUAGGGGACAUUCCCAGCCCUGCCCUGGAGAUAACCAGGGAAUGAACCUGAGGCCUUCUGCCUGCAAAGCAGAUAAAUGCUCUGUGGCUGAACUUUGGCCAUUCCUAAACCCGGAGCAUGGCAGCUCCUCCAGAGUUCUUUGCUUGGGGCAGAGAGGGUAGGACACGGGGAAUAGUCCUGCAAGUUCAGCCCUGUCUGGGUCAGCAGAACCAGCAACAAACACACCACCCUUCACAUCCCCCCCCCAAAAAAAAAAGCUUGGCCACAAACAAAAGAACAGGAGUGCCAUCUGGCAUGCCAAGUGCUACAGUGUUGAAGAAGGUGCCAGCCCUGCUUGUUUGCAACAGUGGCAGAGGGCUGAAGCUGGAGGAGCCCUGAGGUCUGAGCUGCACCCUUCCCCCAAGUCUUCUUGGAUCAGGCCCUUGCCCUCCUCUCCAUUCCCUUCCCAGCUCAGGUUUCAGACACCUUCCAUUUCAGCUCCAUCUCUCUCUCUUUAAUCCACUGACAGGACAAGGAACCAAGAGGAAUUAUCCCUCUGGAGAACCUGAGCAUUCGGGAAGUGGAAGACCCUCGGAAACCAGUGAGUUAGCACUGCCGUAUGCCGUUUUUGCAUCUUGGCUGUGGUUCUUUGAUUUGAUGCCCCAUUAAAAUCAGCAUAACUACUGGGUUGCAGCAUUGCAAUUGUUAUUCAUUCCUCUUCUGUCUAUUUAAAAAAAAAAAAAUCCAUAAGAUUCCUUUAAAUUUCAUGCAUUUAAGCUACAUUAGGAAUUAUCCCAGGAACUGCACUAAGAUAUAGCCAAAUACAUUCCUAGAAAUUCCCAACGCACUUUUUAUAUGACGUUCAAGUUCCAGUUAUUUAAGAAUCUUACAUGGUUUUCAUUAUUAUUUUUUAACUCUCUCAUUAAUUUAACGAUGUUACCAAAUUGCUGCUUUAACUUUUCCUUUGUUUGGUGGGGGAGGAACUUCCAUUCCGCCUUUCUGCUGUCACAGAAAAUGGUGAGGAGCUCUUAAUAGUAACAGCAGCAAUUUUUGAAAACACAAAAUGUUAAUCCCAUGAUGUUUUCCUGCCCACUUGCUGGUUGCGAGAUCCCGUGCGGUCAGCCUCCCCACCUGCCUUCUUCCUCCUGUGUCCUGCCUAGCCCUCUUUCUGAACUUCUGGAGAGGCACGGGGGGGGGGGGAGGCUGCUCACAGACACCUGCCAUUCUCAGGGAUUUCUCUCUCUCUCCCUUUUCUUUGUUAUUAGAAUUGCUUUGAGCUCUACAUUCCCAACAACAAGGGCCAGCUUAUCAAAGCCUGCAAGACAGAGGCAGACGGGCGUGUGGUCGAGGGGAACCACAUGGUCUACCGCAUUUCGGCGCCAACGCAGGAGGAGAAGGAUGAAUGGAUCAAAUCCAUCAAGUGAGGAUAAGGCACCAUUCCAUUCGGGGGGGGGGGUCCUGGGAAUCCUACCCCCAUCAACAGCAUUUUCUUCCUGCAUCUCUAGCCAAGGAAUGGAGAACCUGUGGUCCUCUAGAGGUUGCUGGACAUGCAACUACCAUCACUCCUGGUCAUUGGCUGUGCUGGCUGGGGCUGAUGAGAGCUGAGCAUCCAGAGAUACCUGGAGGGGGCCAUAGGUUCUGCAGCCCUUCUUAAAGCCUUAGAUACCACACUCACUUCCCAGAGAAUUUGACACACCUCCUUCAGAUUUCUAGAGCUCACUUAUCCUAGGGCAUCUCUCUUUAGGCUCCCCAGGCCCAUCCUUAACCUCAACCUGAAAUAUACCUUGAUCUUUUAAUUCAGCCUUUUGGAGAGCCGCUUUAAUUUAAAAAUGUAUUUGGGGACCAUUUUUUCUUUUUGCUAUUUGUUUUUAUUUCUUUAUUUAUUAGACUCAUCUCUCGCCCUUCAUAAGAUCUCAGGGCAGUUCACACGAUAAAAAUAUAAGGUAAAAGUACAAAUAAAUAGUUGAAACAAAAACAACCCAACAAUACCCUUCCUCCCAAAUAAACACAUUUAAAAGGCUAUAAAUAUUAAUCAGGCCUGGUUGAAGAGGAACGUUUUCGCCGGAUGCCUAAAGAUAUAUAAUGAAGGUGCCAGGCGAACCUCGCUGGUAUUUAUAUGCUGCUGCAACCCACCUUAGAUCAGGCUGCAACAUAGGUCCCAAGACAUUUGAAUGUAUAUCUUCCUUGUCCAGUUUUUGACUUCCCAGCUUUUUCAGGGCACAUCUGGCAUUGUGGACAUGCUGGUUUACGAGAUGCCUUUUCCCUAAGAAAGCCUGGGAUAUGAUGCUCAGGGGAGGCAAAGCUGCUGCAGAUCUUGCAUUCCCAGCGAGCGUAGGCAAGCUGCCUUAUCCUGAACCAGACCAUUGGUCUAUCUAGCUCUGUAUUGCCUGCACUGACUGGCAGCGGCUCUCCAGGGUUUCAGGCAGGGAGUCUCUCCCAGCCCUGUCUGGAGUUGCCAGGAAUUGAACCCAACACCUUCUGCAUGCGAAGCAGAGGCUCUGCCCCUGAGCUGCGGCCCUUCUGCAAGGAUUCCUAGGAGCUGAUGGGCAGGGAGGGAGAAGGCAGCUGAGCAAGUUAGAACUGGUACAUUUUGGGGAGACCCUGGGGCUAUGAACCGAGAGCUUCUCCCAAGGCUGGCACAUUCAUUUAAAUUUCCUUUGCUGAUUUCCCCCCAGCCAUUGAGAUCAGGAAUCGGACAAAGCUUUUAAAUGAUGGUUAAACUAUUUUUUUCUCAGAUGAAAAUGAAAUUAAAGCAUCUCCCUCAGAAAUCUGACCUGCAGCGGCAUUGCAGGAAAACUUGGGGUUGAUCGGAUGAGAAAUUAAGUAGGUUUGUUAGUUUGAGAAAGGUUGUGUUAAGAGUGUAGCCAUGACACCUCUUUUCUUAAGAGGGUGGGUGGUGUGACAGCUGCGGUCAGAGCGUGAUGCGGCUGCGGAGCUUAGGUGUGAUGCAUUUGCUGUUUUGGAAAAAGCAACACAGAUAGUGAGUCACCCAUUCUAACCCUUACUUGGAAAACCCCCAAAUUCACAGGCUCCCUUUCUCAUUACACUAAAGAUUUCUCAAAAUGUUUCUCUUUUGCUCUGACUACAACAAACAUAAUUUCACCCUCUCUCUUUUUUCCCCUUCCCCCGCCCCAGCUUUCUACUCCUUUUAAGUUACAUAAUAAGAGUAGUAUAGAAACAUUUGCUUAAGUCAGUCUCACAUUACUAGCUGCAGACCACUGACCUGGAGCAGAUACAGUGACUCUCUGGCCCUCCAGAAGUUGCUGAACUACUGUUCCCAUCAGCCACAGCAAGUAGGGCCAGUGGCCAGCAUUGAUGGAGUUGCAAUUUCAGCAACAUCUAGAGAGUCAAAGGUUCGUCAGGCCUAGCCUAGGAAUCCUGGCUCUUCCUCUGUUGAAUCACAGUCCUCUCCCAAGAAGGGAAUAGACCAGAAGUCUUGCAUCCUAGCUGUGGCAGGGACCAUUCCUACCAUUAGGAGCAGGUGCGCAGUUUCCUGCUUCUCCCUGCUUUCCCCAUAUGUCCGGGCUGUGUUCUGAUUUCCUCUUCAUCCCAUCUCCUACACUUCAGGCAGUCUGUGUCUCCCCCACCCCACCCCCCUCUUAAGUGUUUAUCAUGCUUACCUUGUCAAAGAUCCAUAUGUUACCUGAUUUUGUUCCUUAUGGGCUGCAUGGAAUGCAAGCAAGGAGAGAGACAGGUUGCUGGCAGCAGACCAAGGUUGGGACAGUGCUUGGUUCUUUCUGACAAACCAGACUCCACCAAUCCCAGAACUCCUUGACCCAUCCAAAACACGGUGUGCUGUGCCACACCAGCUGGGACAGAGCAGAGUGCCAUGCAAUGCCAGAGGCUUUCCCCCCAGGCACACACAUCCCUCAUGACCUGGCAACUCCCUGACUGGUGGCUGACCUGUCCCCAUUCCUCCCUUUGCCCCUCCCAGGGCUGCUGUGAGCGUGGAUCCAUUUUACGAGAUGCUGGCCGCCCGCAAGAAACGGAUCUCGGUGAAGCAGAAGCAGGAGCAGGCAUGAAGCGGGGGUCCUCCUGCCCCUCCUCCUCCCUCCCUGCGCUCUACCUUCCUGCAUCCCCUCUAGGACCUGCCGACAAACCCACCUGCGUUGAGCUCCAUGAAACCAACCAGCCAAUCCCCUGCCCCCUUAUCCUUUGGAUCGUUGGACCACCACGCAACUCUGCCAGCCUGAUGGCAUGCCAGCACACCCGACGCCCUCUGCCCGCCUUCCCCUAGUUCACGUCUCCAGAGCUUCCACUUGGCCUUUUGGGAUUUGCCUAUGGGGGCAUGAACUUUGUCUGCGCCAGGGACUCUGCAAGAGUCUGAAGUGGGCCUUCCUGUUUUGGGGGGGCAGCUUCUCCCUCUCUGAGUGGUAUCUUGUCUUAUGCCCCCCAGCAGACUCAGGCAGAUGCCUUUGAAGCCCCCUCUGCAGCUUGACCCCACCUGGACUUCAGAGGGCGACACGCUGGGACUACAUUAAGGGAAGGUUUGCCGCCUGAUUGGACCUUCAGACUAUACCUGUUUAUGCUUCCCCAGUUUAGAGCCAGUCUACAUGCUCAGAAUAAUAAGGAGAUGGGAAAGCUCUCUCAGGACUGUACCACUUCAGAAUGCAGGCGGGAAAUUGCACGCUUCCCCUGGCCAACUGCAUAAAAACAGCAUCCUGCACACCUAAGCAAAGCAUGUGCAAGAGUAAGCUAGUGUGUCUCUCUGAUAUGCUAGUUUUCUCUGUAGGGGGAGGUUUCUUCGGUUUUGUUUUUACCGCAGGGGAAUAUUCGGUCCCCUGAUUUCCCCCACCUGCAUUCUAGUUCUGGUGCAGUCCCGGGAGAGUUGUUCCACACCCAUUUCCCUGAAGGUGUAGGCCACCCCUUAGAGUCUGUUGCCAAACCAGCUACACUGUGUCUCCCCGUAUUCCGGCUCUGAGCCUCUAGUAAGUACCAAGGGCUGUACUGCUAUACCCCGUUAAGUUGGCAUUUGCGAAAGGAAGUGAACAUAACUGACAGCCACGAGGGGGAAGCAGGGAGCCAGACAGACCAAUGCAAACACUGACACAAUGUCAAACACUACCCAGUUCCUCUACAGCAGGAAUAGCCAGCACAUUUGUGUAACUUGACAGCUCUUGACUCUUCACAGCCAGGGGACAGGGUUGGAAGAAACCUUCAGUCCCUCUUUACUGCCGUCACUGCCAUUUCCAAGAAACUGAGCUGCUACUCACAAACCUUUGCAGAGGCAACUGGACCAUUGUCUGCGAAAUCAGUUCUGCUUUUCCCCGCUCCAAAGUCCUUCUCUGUUCAAAGACUUUGAUGCUCAAAGACUACCAUCAAGAAAUCUGGGGCUUCCCUGUCCCAAAUGUCUCCAUACCUUUGAAAGAGGAAUCUGAUAGGGAACUUUGACUUCAGACCAGCGAUCUCUGUAAGAAGGCAUCUCCUGUGCUGAGACGACACAGUGGAAGUGGUUGAUGCCAAAGUUCUGCCUGGAAUGAACUGAAAUUUGAAGCAACACCCUCUUCUCCUUCUCCUUCUCUUUCUCUCCCCCACCCCACCCCAAUCCCAUCCCUCCCUAAACAGUUUACUUCAAGGUUAGGACUCCUGUCUAAAACCAAAAGGCUCUUCCAUAACGCAAAACAGAUGAGCAUUCCCUGAACACACUUUGACCUCUCGUGGCUGAAAAAAUCAGGAUGGUUCAAUGUUGGAUAUUCCCCACCUUCCCCAAUACAUGCCGCAGGAAGUCAAACCCAAAUAAGUAGUUGAUGAGGUCAGAGGCCAGGAUGUGAUGUUUCCAUAUAAAUUAACCCGGAGUAAAAGAGAGUGACCUUUUGAAUGUGCUGAAGAUCUAGCUUCUACAGCUUCUAACCAGAUAAAGCUCUAAAUUAUUGGGUGGGACAUUGUACCUCCACGUCCCACAACUCUCUAACUAGAAAUCUCGUCUUCCACCACUUAACUUGCCUCAGGCAAACCCUUGGGUAUGGCAGCUGGGGUCCUGCAGGACUUAUUACGGUCCUGAGGUGUGAUUGCUGGAGCCACGUGAAGCGCUUUUCAACUAAAGUUUAUAAACUCCUUUGCGAAGACCUGGUUAGAUUUGCUGCAAAGUGCUUGUAAGCCUGCAAAGGUCUUUGACUGCAACAGGAGUGUGGCCUUGUCUUUUUCUGCUGUGAGCAUUUUAAACUUCCCAUUACCCGCAAGCCAGGGAUGAAGUGCAUUUUUUUAGGACAGCGGCCAUUUUAAAUCCUUGAAACAUAGGUAAAUCUGGUUUGAGGCAUCCUGGAUUUAAAAGGGAUGUAGUUUGGUCUCAGUCACAGUGAGAUCCACUCUUUCCGUAUGGAAGAAAGGCAAAAGGAUUCGAGGCAGGACAAGCAAAAGAAAACGGUUUGGUAUUAAUUUUCAGUUAAUAUGGGUGUGUGAGAGGGAGAGCUAUUCUGUUUGGGUGUAACUGACAUGGUAAGGGCCAAGUUUAAUUAGAACUUAUAGAAAUUAUGUGUCAUUGACUGUCUGAAUCGGGUCACUUGAUAUUAAAGAUGGCAAACCAGCCGUCUUUAUUCUCUCAAUUCAACUUUUCCAAAUUUAUGGGAAGCAUAUAUUUACAAUUAUUCUGCUGAACAGGCCAUUCCCCUUGCGCAAUUAAAUUAUUUCAUUGCUCCCAAAGCGCCUGGAAAUGUUGAUCCUAGCAGCUGUCAUCAGUCACCCACUCUUCCCCGAAAUCCUAGAAGCCUGUAUUCUAUACUACUAGAACCCAAUUCUAGGAAAUUCCAAGUUUACAGCCCUUUUCCUGUUAGAUCUCACUGCCUUGCCAUAGUCCCCUUUUAGUUCUGAGAAAAACUCCUGACUUUAAAUGUGCCUGCAUUGAACAGGCACUUUUUUCUAAAUGCAAAUAUCAGCUACUCUGGAGUGGGGUGCUGAUAAUUAUCAGGAUUGCAGCAGGCAGGGAGGGGGAGUUUGACACAUCACCUGGCAAAAAAUUGUGCCUCCCAAGCUGCUGUUUGCAUUGGGAUGGCAGCUCCACUUGCACAUUUUAAUGAGCAUGACUGCAGCAAGAAAAGGAAAAUAUUCAAUUCCUCCUCCUGCCCUACUGCGAUCUUAAUAAUUAUUCACCACGAUCACCAUGGCUGUUUGCAUUUCUAAAAGAGUGCAUAUUAAUUAUAAAUGUGCAUUUAAUGUCACUGAUAGUUUGGCUCUGAGUCCUAGUUUUUCUCUCUGGCCAUUUGUGGCUAGUUUUCUCUCCAGCAUCACGUGCAAACAGCUUCUCUCUCUUCCCCACCUUCAUCCCGCCUCCAAAUCAUCUCAUUUUUUGACUUUUACAAGAAGCUAUUCACAUGGUAGCUCUGGCAACGCCCAGAAUUGGUGCAAUUGAAAGAUGAGGACUAGUUCUACAGCAAUAUCAAUGGUAAAAUUUUACUCUUACCACCCCUCCCAUGGCAAACUUCUCAUUGUGGAUUUGUAUACCUGUGUUGCUGGAGUGGGGGCAAUAUAGCAGCCCCCACCUGUUCCAGAACAAGAAAGAAAGAAAAGUGGGCAUUUUUUCUUGUUUUUAAAUCCAUUUCCUUUUAUGAUGACGAUGUCUCUUUUUUAAAAAAGAAAAAACAUGUUAAUUAUUAUUUAAAUUUUAAUGUAUGCAUCGUUGGAUGAUAUGUAAACACUGCAGACUUGUCUAUGU